AGUUCUGGUCCCAAUUCUUUUUUAGUUCUCUGCCUGCGAGGAACAGAGAAAAUGCAUCCGUGAAGAAGAUGGAGAGUGGUUCUGAAAGGGAGAAGACGAUGGCGGCACGGCUGAUAGAGAAGGCCACAAACUCAACCAGCCCCGAAGUGGAUCCGCGCCUUCUUAAAGCCAUCAAAUCCGUCGUCCGGCAAUCCGACUCCGAGUUACGACUUGCUGCCCAAACCCUAAUGUCCCUCAUGAAACGCGACCACUCUCAGGUUAGGUAUCUUUCACUUCUUAUCAUAGAUGAAAUCUUCAUGAGGUCGAAGCUUUUUCGGGCUAUACUUGUUGAGAAUUUAGAUCAAUUGUUAACCUUAAGCGUAGGAUUCAGAAAAAACCUACCUCUCCCUGCCCCUGCUUCUGUUGCAUCUGUUUUGCGUGCCAAGGCGAUUGAGUUUCUGGAAAAAUGGAAUGAUUCAUUUGGAGUUCACUACAGGCAGCUUAGGCUAGGGCAUGAUUAUCUGAAAAACACACUUCGUUUUCAGUUUCCCAACGUGCAAGCAAAUGCAUUGAGGAUUCAGCAGGAGAGAAGAGAUAGAGAGAUGAGGACAAGAGAAAUUUUGCUAAAAAAGUUUGGUACUUUCAAGGAGAAUUUUUGUUCAAUCAAAGAUGAGAUUCACUCAACAACUGAUGAAAUUAGCACAUGUUUAGACAUUCUUAACAGUAAGGAUGAGGAUGAGGGCAUGCCGUUGGUUCCAUUAGACGAUGAGGAAGAAGUUGACGAGUUCCGCAACUAUGAACUGCGACAACUCCGUCUUGAUUGUUUGGUGGACGGGGAAAAGGUUAGAGAGAGUACUGACAAUAAGGUCAUCUUUGAUGCAUUGAGGGAACUCUAUAAGGUUCUAAUGACCAAACAUAUGGUUGCGGUUCAAGAAUGGAUAUCAGUUCUCAUACGAGUGGAAACGGAGGAUACCAGGUUUAGGGACAUCGCUCUGAAAGACUUCAUUGACAUUCGAAAUCAUCUCAAAUCUGUAAAAGCAAAAUGUGAAGCCUCAGGUUGCACUCUUUCAAAGAUUAACCAUGGGGAGGAUGAUGAUGUCAUCUGGGAAGAUGGUGAUAUUAGAUCAUUCGAGCCUACACAGCCUGUCGAUACACAAAACAAAAUGAAGGAUGGCGUGAGAUGUGAAGCUUCUUCUCAAAACAGUAAUGGACAUCCAGAGGGGGAUGCAAAAAAAAUCAGCAGUGAAUCAAAUCCAUUGCAUGCUGAACUAUUAGGCAAAGCUCCAGUCAUAAAGUGGGGGCCUCUCUUGGAUAACUGGGGCUCAAAGCGGGUUUUUUUGGCCAACCAAAGGGGUUUGGAUCUUGACAGCCACUGGGGUAGGGUAGACUAUGAUGCGAUCAUUCCAGCUGAGAAAAUUGCAGAGCUGAAUGUGUAUACAACUGUGUAUAGAGAAGAUCCUGUUGAAAUCCAACCAUGUCAUGCUCCUUUAUUAAGGAAAGGUGGACUUUGCCAGAGGAGAGACUUGAGAGCUUGUCCAUUCCAUGGGGUCAUAGUUCCUCGCGAUGAUGAAGGAAAGCCUCUCAUUCCUCAAGACAAAGGAAAGACUAUUCAUGAGUGCUCUUCAAUGGUAGAUUUGACUCAACUGGCCAGACAAGCAGUGAAGAACGUCCGGGAGAGAGAUAAAGUUGAAGCAAAGAAGGAUGUGAGUUUGAAGAGGGCAAAGCGAGCGAAGGUACGAGAACACAAUGAAGCUGUUCUUCGUGACGCUGCGCUUGCAUCAUCUUCAACUUCUUAUUAUGCUGAAGAAGAGCAAUAUACAGCCAGCGGAGCAAAAUCUCGUGCAGAAAGAAGCAAAAAAGAAACCCUUGCAUCUAUGUUGAAAAAGAAGAAAGAAACCAGUAAAGACAGAUUGAGUAAGAAGCUACUCAAUUCACGCGCAGGAGAUGCUACAUGCCGAGAGCUGACGGCAGCAGGGGAUGCAAAUUAUCGUGAGGCCUUCCCUAAUCAGUGGUAGAAAAUGAAGACACACCUAUGGGGAGUGCUGGCAAGGCCUGGUCUAGUUGUUCCACCAAAAGUGUAUUGAGGUUGAUAAGUUGUGCGCGCAGUUGAUGUUUUGUAUAUUCCCCUCUUUUUGAACUUCCCUCUGGGGCUUCAGUUUAACAAAUUGUUAAUUAGUUGUUUACACUUUACAUAAGAAAGAAUGUAGUGCAAUCUUCUGUAGUUUGUUCAAGUCAUGAUUCUUGACACGAGGGUUAGAAAAAACAGUUAUGGUUUACAUUUUUUUGGGUUAAGUUAGAAUUAAAGUUGUUGAGUAGGGG